AUGGCGAAAGUGAUGAUGACAUGGCUGUCGCUGCACUCAUCUGUGGGGGUCUCCUACCGCACGAAAAACAAAAGGAAAAGCCAGUCUUCGGCGGUUCUUGCCCUGGUAGAUCUGGCAACGUCAAUCAGGACUUCGAAAGGGCUUAUUCCAAUCUCCAGCAAGAUUAUUUCUCGGCCUUUCCGCGAUACGACGAGGCUUCAUUCGAGCGACGAUUUCGCAUGCCUCGGACUGUAUUUAACCGUAUACAUACACAUGGCCCUUAAAAGGAAAGGACAUAUUUAUUCAGCGGUUCGAUGUACUGCAACAGCCCAGAAUCCAUCCCUUGCAACGUACUGUGGCAGCGCUUCGUAUGCUAUGGUACCGCGGCAGAUUCAAUGGACGAGUAUCUCCGACUCAGUGAGACGACUUGUCUAUUAUCUCUCAAGGCGUUCUGUAAGAUCGUAUUGGACAUUUUUGGGAAAGAGUACCUUUGUCAACCAAAUGAGGUUGACUUGA